CUGAUCUCUCUCACCCUCUCUACCACCCCAGCUCUCUUUCUCUCAUGUUUUCUACUAAUUGAUGUAUCAUUCUUUAUCUUCAUGACUGUGGAUACGUACUACAGGCAUUGUAGUAGUUCUUCUUUUGUGGGAAAUGUGUCAGUGCCAUUACUCUGUGUAAGUGCUUUGGAUGAUCCAGUUUGUACUAGGGAAGCCAUUCCUUGGGAUGAAUGCAGAGCAAAUAAAAAUAUUAUCCUGGCUACCACACAGCAUGGGGGAAAUCUGGCCUUCUUUGAAGGCAUAACAGGAUCUGGCCUCUGAUGGAAUGGUGGCUGCAAUGUGCAAUGAGCUAACUCAAGAUCGAGUAGAAGAAUCAUCCGAACAGCCGAAAAUUCAGGAUGGAAGGACUAAUGGAGUGGUUUUAGAUGCAGAACAAGGCGAUGCCACAAGUGAAACAAAAUCUGACUGUGCACCCAGCCAUUCUGAAACCUCCAAACAAACGGAAAACAUCAAGGGUGUCAAGUCUUUUGAUGUUACCAUAAUUAGAAGAUCAUUAGAUCAGGUUUGUCGACAAAGUAGUUGAUCAGUGUGGUUGCUUGCUUAUAUUGCCAUAAUCUCCAGUUGGCCAUUGGCAGGUUCAUUUCAUCUUCCGAAAGAAGUUCAAAAAAGUCUUACCCGCAAAAUAAAAAAAAAUGAAAGAUUUACAUGCUAGUAAAUAAUUGCCAUAAACUGUACCUGUAACAUGGGUCUGCCAUUUUGAAUAUGUUGCUUUCACCUAGAUGAACAUCUUUGUAAACUUUCUAGUAACUUUGAACCGUACUGUACAAGAUGCAUGUGGCUCUUUAAUGCUCAUCUUGUAGGUACUUGUUUUUAAAAGUGACAAGUGGAUGAUAAACUGAAGGUGGCGAAGUUGAAUGAGUUAAGAG